AUGGCUUCAUCACUUCAAAUUCAAUGCUUGUUUUCGCUCUUCUUCGUUUUGGCUCUCUUGGCUAAUCAAGCCACCUCUCGUCAUCUCCUUAAGCCACAACUAAGCAUGUCUGCAAGGCAUGAACAGUGGAUGGCAAGACAUGGAAGAGUUUAUGAAAAUGCCGAGGAGCAACAAAAACGUUAUAAGAUAUUCAAGAACAAUGUUAAGAUGAUAGAGUCAUUCAAUGCAGCUGGCGACAAACCCUUCAAUGUAAGUGUUAACAAAUUUGCAGAUCUAUCUCAUGAAGAAUUCAAGAACAUGUACCUCGGGAUGAAGCCUUCUCGACAUACAAGUUCAAAUGUAACUCUAACAUCCUUAAACAAUGAAGGCAUGAUUAAUGUCCCUACUUCAUUGGAUUGGAGAUCAAGAGGAGUUAUUACUCCUGUGAAGAGUCAAGGCUCAAACUGCGGAAGUUGUUGGGCUUUCGCAGCAUUGGCAGCCGUGGAAGCUAUGCAUCUAUUGAAAUAUGGUAAUUAUCAUGAUUUAUCGGAGCAACAGCUUAUGGAUUGUGAUCAUGCAUCGAAUGCAUGCAACGGCGGUGAUAUGAGAGAUGCCUUUGACUACAUAAUAGCCAACGGUGGCGUGACUGAAGAAGCUAAUUACCCUUACGUAGGAUAUCAGCAAUAUUGCAACACAGUAAAGGAAGAUCAGCCAACAGUUAGACUGAGUUCCUACCAAAAAGUUCAACCUUACUCUGAAGCAUACCUGAUGUCGGCGGUGAACUUGCAGCCUGUUACCGUUGGUAUAGAUGCAGGAAACAGAUUAUUUCAAUACUACCACGGUGGUAUCUUUAGGGCUAAAUAUUGUCGUCCUGAUGUAUUGAACCAUGGAGUAUUAUUGGUUGGUUAUGAUACUGCUCCUGAUGGAACUAAUUAUUGGAUUAUUAAGAAUUCUUGGGGUGAAAAUUGGGGAGAGAAUGGAUAUAUGAGAAUAGCAAGAGAUGAUAAUGCUGGGAUUUGUGGAAUAACUUCGUAUGGUACCCUUCUUAGCGUUUGA